AUGGGAGGACCUGCAGCCGUGACCCAUGAAACAGACGAUGACCCAUGCGCCGGGGCAGCACGCCACGUGUUGACACCUCUCCAGCACUUUGAGGCCACACUGGUCACCCCCACCUUACAGAUGAGGAAGCGGGGCCCUGGCCAUAGCCAGGUGCUGGGUGCUCGCCGUGGUCAGUGGGUGGGUGCAGAGCAGGUGCAGCCAGACGCCCCCCCGCCUUUAGUUAGAAGGCUGCUGCGGUUUAAAAUUAUUGUAACGGUAUUAAGGACAUUUACCGUCCCUGUUUCAGGGUCAACAGACUGCGUGUGCUAUUCAACGGUGGGCACGAAUGACGCAGAGACCUCAGCUCUGCACAUCAUCAUCGGCGACUCUCUGCCCAUGGACGUGUCCUCGGUGCACCACAACAGCACGCUGCUGCGCUACUCGGUGUCCCUGCUGGGCUACGGCUUCUACGGUGACAUCAUCAAGGACAGCGAAAAGAAACGGUGGAUGGGGCUCGUCAGAUACGACUUUUCAGGUUUGAAGACCUUUCUGUCACAUCACUGCUAUGAAGGAACCGUGUCUUUCCUCCCUGCACAGCACACGGUGGGAUCUCCCAGGGACCGGAAGCCCUGCCGAGCCGGUCCAGAGGAAGUGGAAGAGUGGCAGGUCAUCUGUGGGAAGUUUCUGGCCAUCAACGCUGCAAACAUGUCGUGUGCUUGUCGCCGGAGCCCCAUGGGCCUGUCCCCGGCUGCCCACCUGGGAGAUGGGUCUUGCGACCUCAUCCUCAUCCGGAAAUGCUCCCGGUUCAACUUCCUGAGAUUUCUCGUCAGGCACACCAACCAGUGCGACCAGUUUGACUUCACUUUUGUUGAAGUUUAUCGUGUCAAGAAAUUCCAGUUUACCUCAAAGCGCGUGGAAGACGAUGACAGUGACCUCCAGGAGGAGGGGAAGAAGCGGUUUGGGCAGAUCUGCAGCGACCACCGCUCCUGCUGCUGCACCGUCUCCAGCAGCUCGUGGAACUGUGACGGGGAGCUCCUGCACAGCUCUGCCAUCGAGGUCAAGGUCCACUGCCAGCUGAUUCGACUCUUUGCACGAGGUAUCGAAGAGAAUCCCAAGCAAGAGGCACAGAGCUGAGAGGCCACGACACGUCACCCGCCUUCCCGCACUUGGGAAUGCGAGGGCCACUGAAGAUGACUGCAAACCAAUUAUGUGGAUAUAUACAUUUAAAUUUAGAAAUUUAUUUUUGAUAGUUAAAUCUUGAUUUUAGAAAAAUAUCUUUGUCAACAAUUUUGUGUACAUAUUUGGCAUUUUAAGUUCUACGUGAACCCGUGGGCUGCAUUUCACAUGACUUACUGUCAGCGGUGGCACGUUUUGAUUUGGGGCGUUGGCUUCUUAGAUUUUAACAGUGUCAACAGCGCAGUUUUAAAAAUGGCCCGUUCGUGGCUCUAUUGCAAUAAUUUUAGGGACAUUAUAAUGUGAGUGCUUUCCACGGAGGUCACAGGAUUAGGACAUGGGGUAACUGCCAGGUCACUCCAAGCCACUUUGCAAGGCUUGUCCUGUGUUUGUGACCAGGUUUUGGAGGGUCGUGAUUCCCUUCGCCUUCGUGUCACCUUCACUGUAGUUUACGAUCAGGACACUGCUAUUCGGUCCUUACUGUACUGUGCAACCUCAAGGCCAUGUGGCCUGCCUUACGCGGCCUCUGGAGUUAGAGCAGUUUAGGGCACUGACCGUGGUGACACUUGACCUCUGAAUCCUCCACUCUUGCCAUCAUCACAGGAUGUUUCUAGAACAGUCCAGCUGG